CUUCUCCUCUCAUUCAUUCAUUCAUUCCAUCCUCUGUUGUACGGCCAGAACAGAACAAGAUGAGAGGCCAUUUGUUAGAACUUGAAACAAAAACAUCGAGUCUUUAAGAUAAGAGCGAGAAAUAGAGACAAGUUCAGGUAAUGGCGAGUGGGUGGAUGAAGUCAUUGCAAUGCAAGUCCAGAGCAUACCAAGACGUAUACCACCCUAACUCUAAAUACCUCAUUCCCAGUUCCAGCUGCAGAAAGACCAUCAAAGACGUCGUCGUCGACACAACCAAGCCCAGGCCCAAGCCCAAUCCCAAGCCCGAAAAGCCUCUCCAGAAACACCCCAGCUCCAGAUACCCUUCAUCCGCCGCCAAGCCCGACUUCGAAACCACUAUCAACCGAUCGAGGAGCGUGACCGCCACGCGCCACGCCGACCCUCGCUUCCCUUCUCUCACCGAACUCACCGAGGGCCACCCUUCGCGGAACGUCGUGGAGAUUAUCUUCCACACCAGCUGGGGGCCCAAGCCCUUCUCGGGCCUGGUCGAGAUGAUUUUUAAAGUCCACAACGGCCCACGAACCGUCUCUCGUUUCGAGGAGUAUCGCGAGGCCGUCAAGGUCCGGGCCGGAACGGGCCCGGCCCAUGACUACGAGGAGAAUGCGCGAUGCGUUGCGGAUGGGAAUGAGGUCAUGAGGUUUCACUGCUUGGGUCCCACCUCCGGCGGCGCUCCCUACGGCGGAGCUUGUGCCUUGUCUUUCCCCGGCGGCAAAGGGGCGGCGAUCUGCACAUUCUCCGGCAGCGGCGGUGCACACGAAAGCUCCGGCGGUGGCAGGGGCAGAAGGGCCAUGCUGGUGUGUCGUGUCAUUGCGGGUCGGAUCUCGAAGCAAAUCGGGUUCGUGGAAUCGUUGUUGGAUGGACGAGUUGGGUUCGACUCGGUCAGUGGGGACAACGGCGAGUUAUUAGUGUUUGACUCGCGUGCUGUAUUGCCCUGUUUUCUUAUCAUUUAUAAAUUGUAAAAACACGCAUUUACAGUUUGUCCUCUUAAUCUUCUUUUUUAUAAACACUUUUUCUUGAUUUAUUUUCAUUUGGGAUGUAUGUAUGUUGAUUGUUGAGGUAUUGAACUCAACCUACUUCUUUUCUUGCAUUUAUCGACGACGCAAUAUUUCUUUUA